AUGUGUAGCCUAUAUCCUAAUAUGUCUGAUUUUCAACUCUUGGAAGCUAAAGCUCUUGAUGAUAUUAAUGAUUUUGAUAAAGAACUUAGACGAAAGAAUACCCCAGGUGUAUUCAGAUACAUAAUCGAGAAAUGUUGUAAAUUUAAUCCUAAAAAACGUAUUACCUUAGAAGAAGUUAUUAUUGAGCUACAAAAUAACUAUAGAAAUAUACUAUGGAAUGAACGUGGAAGAUUGUUAGAAAAUGGUUCGUCAAUAAAAUGGGAUAUCAGGAAAGCAUCAUUGUUGGCAAAAGGAAAAUUAAGUAAAGCAGAGUUGGGCAAACAUGGUUUCAAGAAGAGGCUUCAGAAAAAUGAGAUGCACCAUUCAUAUGAUAAAAAAUCUUAUCUACACCCUGGAUAUGAUCCAGGGGACGUUUUAAGAAAAACUACUAUUACUAUUAAAAAUCAUUCAAAGCACAUUCUUGAUCAACACAGUUUGGUUUGGGGUGCUCGCAAGAUUGCUGGACCUGUUGCUACAGGUGCAGUAGGUGUUUUUGUAUACCAUAUCAGAGAUCAAAAUCAAUCUUUAGUAUUUAUGUGGAGCAUUCCAUUUGAUUAUAAUUUUUACAGUAAUUGGUGGGCCAUUCAAGUUUAUGAUAGUUUUAUUGAGGCAAAUUAUGAUAAUAACUCUGAAUUCUUUUUUGUUUCCAAAUUUAGCUAUUAUAAUAUUUAUUUUACAUUAUUAAUCUAG